GCCGCUGCCGCCACCAUGCGUCCCGGCAUAAAGCUCUUCGUGGGCAACGUCCCCGAGGAGGCGACGGCCGAGGAGCUGAGCGAGCUGUUCGCCGGCGCCGCCGGGCCCGUGCUCGGGAUCGCCCUCAUGAAGCAGUUCGCUUUCGUGCACCUCCGGGAUGAGGCGGCGGCGGCCCGCGCCAUCACCCAGCUCAACGGCCACCAGCUGCACGGCCGCCGCAUCGUGGUCGAGCCCUCCCGGCCUCGGCCCACCAACACCUGCAAGAUCUUCGUCGGUAACGUCUCGGCCGCCUGCACCAGCGGCGAGCUGCGCUCGCUCUUCCAGCAGUACGGCACCGUCGUCGAAUGCGACGUGGUGAAAGACUAUGCAUUUGUUCACAUGGAGAACGAAGCAGAUGCAAAGGUUGCCAUCGAAAACCUUAACGGGAAGGAGGUGAAGGGGCGCCGGGUGAACGUGGAGCUCUCCACCAACGUCCAGAAGAAGGGCGCGGGCCAGGCCCUGCCGCCCGCCCUCGGCCUCGACAAGAGCAAGCGCAUCAGCCUGGAGUACCGCGAGAAGUUCCAGCCCAAGAUCGAGGGCUUCGACCAGCAGCGCCGGGCGGCGGACGCCACUGCCGCCGCCUUCCCCUCGGCCGCCGCCGCCGGCUACGCCGCCGCCUCCUCCCUGUACGAUUACCAGCAGCGUUUCGGCACCGGCGGCGCCGGCAAGUACGAGGCCUUCGAGGCGCAGGCCAGGCCCGCCUCCCCCUCCUACUUCGGGAGGGACCGCAGCCCCCUCCGGCGCUCCCCCACCCGGGCCGGCUACGCGGCGGUGACGCUCCCCAUGACGGCGCAGCCGGCCGCUUACCGCGCCCAGCCCUCCGCCUCGCUGGGGGCCACCUACCGCGCCCAGCCCUCCGCCUCCCUCGGCGUGGCCUACCGCCCGCAGCCCACCACCGGCCAGGCCGCCUCCUACCGCGCCCAGCCCUCCGCCUCGCUGGGCAGCGCCUACCGCUCCCAGCCCUCCGUCUCCCUCGGCGCCUCCGGCGCGCAGCCCGCCGCCAACUCCCUCGCCUCCUACGGCGCCCAGGCCGCCGCCUCCUACGGCGCGCAGCCCGCCGCCUCCCAGCUCUCCGGCUACGGCGUCCAGUCCGCCGCCCUGGCCUCCUCCUACGGGGCGCAGGCCGCCUCUGGCUACUCUGCCUCCUACGGCGCCCAGGCUGCCGCCGCCGCCGCCUACGGCGCACAGGCCGCCGCUGGCCCUGCCGCUUCCUACGGCGCCCAGGCCGUGGCCACGCACGUGGCCUCCUACGGCGCUCAGGCCGCUGCCGCCGGCCACGCCGCCUCCUACGGCGCCCAGCCCGUAGACGGCCACGCCGCCUCCUACGGCGCCCAGCCCAGUGCCGCGCUCUCAGCCUCCUACGGUGCCCAGGCCGUGGCCGCGCACGCCACCUCCUACGGUGCCCAGGCGGUGGCCAGUCACGCCGCCGCCUACCAGCCCGUGGCCGGCCACUCGGCCUCCUACGGCGCCCAGCCGGCGGCCGCGCUCUCCGCCUCCUACGGCGCCCAGCCCGCCGCCGGCCACUCCGCCUCCUACGGCGCCCAGCCCGCCGCCAACCUGCCUGCCUCCUACGGCAGCCAGUCCGCCGCCGCCGCCGCGCUCUCCGCCACCUACGGCGCCCAGGCGGCCUCCUCGCUGGCCGCCUCCUACGGCAGCCAGGCCGCCGCCGCCUCCUACAAGGCGCAGGCCUCCGCCCCGCUGACGGCCGCCUACCGGGCCCAGGCUUCCGGCUCGAUGGCGGCGUCCUACCCGGCGCAGCAGGCCUCCUCCGCGUCGCUGGCGGCCGCCUACCGAGCCCAGCCGGGCAGCGCCUACGACGGGCCGAGCCAGCUGGGGCAGCAGGCGGCUUCCUACCUGGGCCUGUCGCAGGCCGCCGCCGCCGCCGUCGCACCGCCCUACGAGCGCACCCGCCUCUCCCCGCCUCGCAGCGCCGCCUACGACGACCCGUACAAAAAAUCAUCCGCUCUGGCAAAAAGGUACGGUUCCGAGCGCCGUCUGUCUGACCUCUCAGAUUACCGCCGCUUAGCGGACUCGCCGCUCGCGUACCGCCGGUCGCCGACAAAGUCCCCGAUGGAUUACCGCCGCCUUCCGGAAGCGCACGCCGAUUACGCCCGUUACUCGGGCGGCUACGGCGAUUACCUGCCCGCCGCCCGCGUCCACUCGGGCUACCAGCGCCGCCUCUGA